AUGCUUCAGACACAAGGGUGUGAGUCAAUAGCAGCCAAACUUGUAGCUAAUCUGAUUACUGAAGCUGGUGCAGACCGGGUUCUUGCCUGUGACCUUCAUUCUGGUCAGUCCAUGGGAUAUUUUGACAUUCCAAUGGAUCAUGUACAUGGUCAGCCUGUCAUACUUGAUUACCUUGCCAACAAGGCCAUAUGUUCUGAUGUUCUGGUUGUGGUCUCACUGGAUGUUGGCGGGGUUGCUAGAACAAGAGAUUUUGCCAAAAAGUUGUCUGAACUGAAUAUUUGGUAUGCUACAUUUUGUGCCUAUAACACCAAUGGGUUAAUAUACCAUUCGGAUUCUGUAGGUGAUGAAUUUGAUUGGUGACGUGGCAGUUAUGGUGGAUGA